AUGACAUCAUCUUCCCCACUCAUGCGAUAUAUCAAGCGGCCCUUGAACCUUGUCACCAACCCUGCCAGAUCCCUCUUCACUAGCAAAACGCUAAACAUCAUGAGUUCGAACGGUACAGACAGUGCAAACGGUACAAACGGCGCAGAUGGUCCUUCCUUGUCGCCCGAGCCUGAAUUGUCCAUGAAAGUCAUCAAAAUCGCAGGUACUCCCUACAACAUGGGCUACCAGCACGGCCAAGCCGUCCCCCAGUUGGUCAAGGGCACUCUGGACUUCUACAAGGCGUUCCUGACAUCCUGGAGCGGUCUCUCGUGGACAGAGAUCCAGCAACACGCCAAUGGCUUCGUGCCCUAUCUGCAGCGGGAAUGGCCCGACUUCUACGCCGAAAUGGAGGGUAUUGCGUCGGGUUCCGAACAGCAUGUGGUGGACAUUGUGUGCCUCAACGUCAGAACCGAGGUGGCGUUUGGUCUGAGUAAGGCCUUCAAGAAGGGAGCUUCUACAGCCCCUGAGGCGGCCUCAGACGGAUGCACCUCUCUAGCCUGGGCCAAGGACGGAAGAUCCAUUCUGGCUCAGAACUGGGACUGGAUGGCCCCCCAGAGGAACAACCUCGUGGUGCUCCAGGGCACCCCAGAUAACCUGCCCCGGUUCUUCUCAUGCACAGAGGCCGGUAUCAUUGGCAAAAUUGGUUUCAACGAGUACGGCGUGGGUGUCCUGUUGAACGCCAUUGCUGCCAAGGGAGUCGACCCCACCAAGACACCCGUCCACGUGGCUCUCAGAAACGCACUCCAGUUCAAGACUACCGCUGAGGUCGUCAAGGAUUUCCGGCUCAAGGGAAUUGCUGCUGCUGCCCACAUUCUGGUGUCGGAUGCUUCUGGAGACGCCGAGGGAGUAGAGUCGUCGGCCUUUGAUAUCGAAGUCUGCGAAAAGGACAACAUUGGUGCUGUCGUGCACUCCAACCAUUACCUGAAGGAACACAAGGACGUGGAGCACUUUAUGUUCCUGCAGUGUUCCCCCGACCGAGUAGAGAGAAUCGACACACUGGUCCAUGACCUGGCCACAUCAGGUGCCGAGCCCACAAUUGAUAAUGUCCAAGCGCUGUUCUCCGACACUGAGGGCGAGCCCAAGUCCAUCUGCAAACCUGUUCAGACUACUUCUCUUGAAAAGAGCACCACUCUGUUCAAUAUCACCAUGGACCUGGUCACAAAGAAGGCCAAGCUCAUUGUUGGGCGGCCUGUUGAUCCUGAGGGAGAAAUUGACCUUGCUUUUGAAUAG